UUCUCCAUAGAGCAGAUACAGAGAGAGCGAGAGAAGAGAGAGAGAAAGUGGGGGACAACGUGAGUGUCUCCUAUCUCACUAGAGCUCAAACUAACGGGAUCUUCUUAUAUCCUCUACAUGCGCAGAGAUUCAAGAACCAGACAAGUGAAAGCGCGUGUUCAAUACUCACGGAAAAAGAGAGCCAGCACGAACUGAGAUAGUUUUGUGACUUUUCUGCUUUUGCUGAACUGUUUGACGGAGGAACAGUAACCUGUGUAGAGAUUUCUCCAAUUGAGAUUUGCUUUAAUUGCGAAAGCGUAAAUAUUGUCGGAUCUUCCGUUGUGGUUUAGAUCCGAGAGUUUGCCCAUAUGCUGGAGUCAGAUUUAGAUUCGCAUUAGUUUGAUAUUUGGCACCGGUUUGAUCUCGGUGUCAUAUCGGCUGUGGAUUGAUCACCUUCAGACUGUCAGCUGAUUUUCCAUCUGCAAACAGUGAAAACAUCUUUUCAUUAGGACACGGCUGUGUUUCAGCACACAGGAGAGCGGAAGGCGCGUGAUGAUGUUGAGGGUCUCGGAUGCUUUGGUCACUCUGGUGACUCUCUAUUGUGUGGUCGAAGGGACUGUCGGCGGAUACGGCAUGAGCAUGUUCGCCGCUCAGACCUCCCCACCGGAUCCUUGCUACGACGAGAAUGGUCACCCCAGAAGAUGCAUCCCCGAUUUCGUCAACGCGGCGUUCGGGAAGGAAGUGCGCGCGUCCAGCACCUGCGGCAAAACACCGAGUCGGUACUGUGUGGUGACUGAGAAAGGGGAUGAAAGGCACAGAAACUGCCACACGUGCGACGCUUCGGAUCCGAAGAAAUAUCACCCACCUGCUUACCUAACCGACCUGAACAAUCCUCACAACCUCACCUGCUGGCAGUCCGACAAUUACAUCCAGUAUCCUCAAAACGUCACUUUAACAUUGUCCCUGGGCAAGAAAUUCGAGGUGACCUACGUGAGCUUGCAGUUCUGCUCACCGCGACCAGAGUCCAUGGCUAUCUUUAAAUCGAUGGACUACGGGAAGUCUUGGGUGCCUUUCCAGUACUACUCGACCCAGUGUAGAAAGAUGUUCAACAAGCCCAGCAAAGCCACGAUCACUAAGCAAAACGAGCAAGAGGCCAUCUGCACAGAUUCUCACACCGACAUGCACCCUCUCUCCGGCGGGUUGAUCGCGUUCAGCACCCUGGACGGGCGACCCUCCGCGCACGACUUUGACAAUUCACCCGUACUUCAGGACUGGGUGACCGCCACAGAUAUUAAGGUGACUUUCAGCCGACUGCACACUUUCGGAGACGAAAAUGAGGAUGACUCGGAGCUGGCCAGAGAUUCCUAUUUUUACGCCGUGUCAGACCUGCAGGUCGGAGGCAGAUGUAAGUGUAAUGGACACGCGUCACGGUGCGUCAAAGACCGGGAUGGAAACCUGGUGUGCGAGUGCAAGCACAAUACAGCCGGACCAGAGUGUGACAGAUGCAAACCUUUUCACUAUGACCGACCCUGGCAGCGCGCAACCGUCAGAGAAGCCAACGAAUGUGUCGCAUGCAACUGUAACCUUCAUGCGAGGCGCUGCCGUUUCAACAUGGAGCUUUACAAACUCUCCGGGAGGAAAAGUGGAGGAGUCUGCCUGAACUGCCGCCACAAUACGGCGGGUCGCCACUGCCACUACUGCAAGGAGGGCUACUACAGAGACAUGUCUAAGCCCAUCUCUCACAGAAAGGCCUGCAAAGCUUGUGAUUGCCAUCCUGUGGGGGCUGCGGGCAAAACCUGUAACCAAACUACAGGACAAUGCCCCUGUAAAGACGGUGUGAUGGGUAUCACAUGCAACCGUUGUGCUAAAGGCUACCAGCAGAGCCGAUCUCCCAUUGCCCCCUGCAUAAAAAUUCCCAUUGCUCCACCGACCACCACUGCAAGCAGCACAGAGGAACCUUCAGACUGUGAAUCCUACUGCAAGGCUUCCAAAGGCAAGCUGAAGAUCAAUAUGAAGAAGUACUGCAAGAAAGAUUACGCUGUUCAGGUCCACAUCCUAAAGGCAGACAAAGCCGGCGAGUGGUGGAAGUUCACUGUCAACAUCAUCUCUGUCUACAAGCAGGGAGAAAGCCGGAUCCGCAGGGGGGAUCAGUUUUUGUGGGUCAGAGCAAAGGAUGUGGCCUGCAAGUGCCCAAAGAUCAAGCAUGGCAAAAAGUACCUGCUGCUGGGCAAUGAUGAGGAUUCUCCAGGACAAAGCGGAGUGGUGGCAGACAAGGGCAGUCUGGUCAUUCAAUGGAAGGACACUUGGGCUCGGAGACUCCGGAAGUUUCAGCAGCGGGAGAAGAAAGGAAAAUGCAAGAAAGCAUAGUGAAAGAGCUGGACAGAGAAACACCAGACGAAUGGUGGAUGAAAAGAAGAGAAGAAAAAAAGACGGACUAAACAUCGCUGCUUUGAAUAAAAGCAUGAAGAGAAUAUUAACUUUUUUUUUUUUUUUUUUAAAUAGGAACAUGUGUGAAGGAGUUCACAAUGCAGUUUUCAUUUCUUAUUUGUUUGCUGUUUGCCAAUUUUGCACCUGUGUUCAGCAUAAAGAAAGGUCUUUUAUGUUAAAUGGCUUUCAGUCUGGUUGAGAAUCAGAUUUAGCCAUAUUUAAUAUUCUAAAAAAAUAUAUAUUUAAAGGGAACAGUCCUUGAUCAUUACAAAAACAAAACAACUUCAUUCAUCAGUUUUGCAUUUAAAAAUGUAUGCUCUAACUUAUGCAUUAUACAUAACGGCAUCUCAGAUGACAACAUUUCAGAAAUAUCAAAAUUCAGCUUUUGGAAGGAUUUUUUUUUUAUAUGACAGAUAUCAAAACUAAUUUGCUCUUCUUCAGCCAAA